AUGGAAAUGUAUUUUAGGCAUCAUUAUUCGCUCGACAUCAGCAUUGAAAUGUUGAAAGUUUGCACUCUUGUCUCCAUCAUAUUUGUCCACAAACUGGCUAUCACAGGGGCAGCGGGAAAGUCCAAUUUCAGUCCGACGUAUUUUGAAAACUUCACCUUAGAAAUUCAAAACAACACAUUGUUUAUGGAUAUGACCACCUCCAAGCCGAUUCACCGCGGUCUCAAGGUCCUCCUCAACACUCAGAUCAGCCUUGACAAAGGCAGGAGCUAUCAACGCCUUUUCGCCCAUAUCUUGGACACCUGUGGUGUGGUUUCCUCGGUGAGGGGAAACCUCUUUAAGAGCUGGUUCGAUAGUAUGCUGAAGCACGGGAACUUCAUGGUCAACUGCCCUGUUCCCGCUGGUCACUACUUUUUGAGAGAUUGGAAGCUGGACUCCCACUUGGUUCCUCACUAUAUGCUUCCAGGAGAUUAUUGUAUCACUGCUCACUUUUUCUUUGGUAAGCACAAGUCAAAGCAAGAGGAAUUUUUUCUCGACUUGGAGGUCUAUGCCCUUUUAAAAGCAUCCUAG